AUGCUCUCCGGGACUCUGCUCACCGCUAGCCUUCUCAGCGCGCUCGUUACCUCUCUACCUGGUGCUCUGUCCCUAGUGCUCGACAAACGGGCUGUGGCUGGCCCUGUCAUCGACCAUAAUUUCCCUGAUCCGGGCCUCAUACGUACCUCGGAUGGCGUAUGGUAUGCCUACUCAACCAGUUCCGGAGGCAAGAAUAUCCCGGUGGCCACUUCACGGACUUCAACACCUGGCCAUCGCGAUGCAUUGCCCAACGCUGGUGACUGGGUCGAUUCCAGCGACGCCGGUCUGUGGGCUCCUGACGUCAGGGAGAUUACCGCUGGGAACUACGUGAUGUACUACAGCGUGAAACCAACCUCUGCUGCCCAUCGCUGCGUCGCAGCCGCCACGGCGACCUCGCCGACUGGACCCUUCACUGCUCCCAGCGGUCCCCUAUUCUGCGACGACAACGAGGGCGGUGUGAUCGACAUUUCUGGUUUCGAGGCGCCCGGCGGUGGCUUGUACAUCGUCUGGAAAGUGGAUGGCAACUCCAUCGGCAGCAGCAACACCCCGAUCCGCCUGCGACACGUCGGCGCGAACGGUUACACCGUCGAGGGCGACGUGUACACCCUCAUUGACCGCAGCGCAGCCGACGGACCACUGGUCGAGGCACCUUCGCUAGUCUACUGGGAUGGAUGGUACUACCUCUUCUUCUCGUCGAACGUCUACUCGUCGACCUACUACGAUAUUUCCUAUGCUGUCUCGCAGAGCGUAACGGGCCCGUACACCAAGGUCCAGGCCCCCGACGCGCCCUUCCUCGUCACCGGCGAUGACGGGCUCACCGCGCCCGGCGGCGCGACUGUCAUCAACGUCCUCAACCAGCACGUCAACAUGGUCUUCCACGCUGACCUGAACGGCGAGAACACCCACGGCGGCCGCGGGAUGUACUCCGCCGCGAGCAUCUGCCUAAAAGGCGGCGUGGCCACGGUUUCGUGCUGA